AUGGAACAAAGAUGUAUGGCAUACGUUCGACCAAUAAUCAUAUUUAUUGCUUUUCUUGUGAUUUUCUCUGGAGCACAGCCCAUCUACAAUCCUCAGGACGAGUGGUCCAAAUGUGACAAUAAUCACCAGAUUCUCAGAGAUAUCAGAAAGGACAUCAAUGAACUGACACACCUAGUCACACACUUACAGAACAAGGAACUAGGACUGAUUAACAACAUAGCUUUCUAUGCAAUACUGACGUCAUCAGUGACAGAUAAUUACAUCAGAUUCAACAAUGUCAAAACCAAUGAAGGCGCGGCUUAUGAUAAAACAUCGGGUAUCUUUACAUGUCAAUUAAGCGGAACUUACGUCUUUUCUUGGACCAUUGCCAGCAGCCAGCAUCACCAAACAACAGCAGAUCUCCUCGUCAAUGACGUAUCGGUGGGGUCUACAGCUACAUACCCUCGGGGGUCUGAUAGCGUCUCGAAAGGGUCAAGCACUGGGUUCGUCGUUUAUGACCUUCUGGUCGGUGACAAGGUCAGAGUCAUCCUCAAAGGAACAGCUAUAGAGGAAUUUUCUACAUUCUCGGGUUGGAAACUACAGCACGACACCCCGUCCUUUUAUGCCAGAGCCUCUACUCAUUUGACAGCUCCUGCUUCCCGUGACAGUGGAUACAAAUUCCAGAGCGUGUUGACCAACAACGAACAUAUAUAUAACCCAGAUAAUGGCGUUAUCACCAUCCCAGAGACAGGGAUAUGGGCUCUGACGAUCUCUGUUGAGACCAUGGGAACGUUUGAUAGUAUCUUCAUACAGGAAAUGCAUACCAUCCCUAGGAUGUGGACAUAUUUAAAUGAAGACACAUCGUCCUCUUUGUUAGUUGGGACUUUUUCGUACGGCGACAAACUACCCUGGUAUUCCUUCUCCAACAGCACUCUCUUAGCUACCCGUUCUUCUAUUUCCGGAUGGCUUAUUGGACCAAGCAAGGCGAGACCUACAUUUAUGGCGUCUUCUGACUCCCCAACAUCUUCAUCACCUGCCAAUUUUACCCGGAAAUACAUAGACCUGACAGAUUCGCUCUCGGACACUGAAUUCCGAACUUCAAAAUCCGGUGUCUAUUUGGUAUUUUGGAAUACAAUUGCUAAAGAAAUGGUUGUAACAUCGCUACUGGUGAAUGGCAAAGAGGCUGGAAGAGCGGCCACGAGUAAAUCACAGCAUUCUUACAAGGACAACGGAUCGAAUCUCGCAAUCUUACGUCUUCAGAAGGAUGACGUCAUCACUUUUGAAACCGAUACGAGUUCAAAUUAUGUUUCUAUAUCUGGUUAUUUUUUGUUUUAG